AGGGGUCAACCGGAAAGUAAAGGGAGAGGCGGAGCGAAAUCGAGAGGAGAGGAAGCGAGGGCAAGAUUUGGGGUUUGUCUUCUCUUCUCUUCACUUCUUACUCCUUUUUGUUCUUCUUCGAUUUCCGAAAUGGGGCUCCUUCAUAUGGCGGCGCCUGCAGUCGGCGUGGGAUCGCGCAGGUUUUAAGACUAGCUAGUGGAGUCCUCCUCCGAGUUAGAGGCAGCUUGAGGGCAGGCGAAUCCGAGGAGGUUCCUUGGCUCUCAAAGGAGGAAAAAAAAAAUAGAAGCUUGCUUGUUUUUCACCAUUUUCUUUUCGUUUUGCUUGAUGGAUCGGUUCCCAGCCAUAUAUCCCCUCAUCGAUCUCAGGAAAGGUCUCGGAUAAACCUUCCUGAAACUUUCUCCUUGUAACAAAAAUUGUAUAUAAUCAAGAGUUACUAGUGCUUCAGAUAAAGAUGAACUCUUCGAACAAAGGUCUUGCAGACACCUCGGUUGCAAAGUCUUGUUCAUUGAACAAAGCUACUGCUUUAAAUCCCAAUGCAGCUGAAUUUGUUCCUUCGUCUCUUAAAUGUACUUAUGAAACCACCAAAAUUUCAGAUGCCAUAAAGGUUGAUCUUACAGGAUCUUCUAGAAAAACAGUCUUAGAUAGAUCAGAUUCUAACACUUCAAAUAACUCAGAUGAUGAGGUACACCAGUACUGGCGCCAACGGCUUCCCGAUGAUAUCACUCCUGACUUCCAAGUCACAGGAGAAGAACUGCAUGAGCCUGGAAACCUCUCACUUGCUGGUUUGUCGAUCAAUGAUAGUGCUGAACAAUCCAAAUUUCCAGGAUCAAUGACCAGAGAGAUGUUAGAUAUGCAGCAAGAUCUAUCUGCUACCAUUGAAAAUGCUUGCUUGAGUGCAAAGGCGGGAUACCUUGGAUCUAUAUAUGCUAAAGAACAAUUGUCAGUUGCUCGCAGGACAUCAAUGGCUGAUGUGUGGGGUAAGUCACUUGAAAAUGAACUGCAAGAUGCACCCUUUUAUGAUGGUGAUCUUACUCCUAGUUCAAUGGGCGAUAAUGCUUUCCUCGAAAAUUUGGUCACCGAUCCUAUUGAGUUCCUGUCAUCACAAUUUCCUGGAUUUGCUGCUCAGAGCCUUGCAGAUAUUUAUUAUGGAAAUGGAUGUGAUUUGAACUUAACAGUUGAGAUCCUAGCUCAGCUUGAGCUUCAAGUUGAUAGCAGUUUUGAUUCAAACUCUGAUUCAAAUUCAUUGGCUGCCCCAAACUUUAGUCCACUGGACUUUCCUGCCCUUCCAGUAGCUCAUUCUCAGAAUGGGUUGUCAAAAUAUGGAGAUAAUCAAUAUGUGUCUGAUUCAUAUAGAUCUCCUGUCAUAUCAAAAGGCCAAAUUGAUUUUGCCUCUACUGUUAGGAAACUAGCAACCCGGGAUUCUGGUCACUGGAAAUUUGAAAUAAAUGGUUCUGAUGGUAAUGCUGGUUCCAGUAGAAGUUCCCAAGUUUUAGGUAGCGCAUAUAAUGGUAGCACUAAAAUUGCAUAUGGAGAUAGAUGGAAUAGUUCAGGUGCAGUUCCAUCAUCUCCUGUUUGGCUUGAGACUGGGGAUGCAGUGGCAAAUAUUUAUUCGGAGACAAGAGAGGAAGCUCGUGAUUUGGCACGCCUUCGAAAUGUAUUCUUUGAUCAGGCAAGACAAGCCUAUCUAAUUGGAAACAAGGCUCUAGCUAAGGAGUUGAGCUUCAAGGGGCAGUUGUACAACAUGCAUAUGAAAGCAGCUCAUGAAAAAGCCAAAGAAGAGAUCUACCGAAAAAGGAACCCAGUAUCUGCUAAGACACAGGGCUAUGGCGGGGAACAAGACCGCCUGAUUGAUCUUCAUGGCCUUCAUGUGAAUGAAGCUCUACAAGUUCUGAAUCAUGAGCUAAGAAUCUUGAGGAGCACGGCGAGGGCCACCUGCCAGCGACUGCACGUAAUGAUUUGUGUUGGGACUGGCCACCACACCAAGGGUGUCCGAACUCCCGCGAGGCUUCCAGUGGCAGUCGAACAGUACUUGCUGGACGAAGGCAUCCGCUUCAGCCAGCCUCAGCCUGGCUUGCUGAGUGUUGUGAUAUACUGAUGUAAUGUCGGUAUAAUAUACAACAUGGAUGCUACAAGGUCAGAAAAGAAGGGGAAAUGAGGACAAACAAAAACAAAAAAAAAAAAAAAAAAAACAGAGGAAGUAGAUGAAAAAACUGCAAAAAAAAAUAUUCUUGCAUUGUAUAUUUUGAGGUAAGAAGAGGCAGUGAUACAAAGUUUCUCAAUACACUAAUGUAACAUUAUGAAACUAGCUAUCAUGCUUGUCUUUUCUCUCCCUGUAGGUCAAUUCUGCGGAAUUCCGCAUUCCUUUGAUCAACUCAAACUAGUUCUUGUGUUCUUUCUUUUUCUUUUUAUAUUUUAUGUUUUGGUUUCCUUCUUUGCAGAAGGUAAAAAAAUGGUAGGAUUAUCUUUGUUCUGAUAA